AUGGUCAUAACUUAUCUACUACUCGUCUUACCAUUAGUGAUGGCCACCGAACAUUCUGGUGCCUACUCAUCGCCUCAAUACGCAAAGAAGAUGUUCCCCAAGAACUACGACUCAAGCGCAUUCUUACCCAAAGAGAAACCAACUACCCAGUUCAAAAGCCACCAAGAAAACAUCGAUAGAUUUGACGACUACAAUGAUACGUCCAGUUACGCAAGAUCUUCCUUCCUCGAAACCGCUGGAAGUUUCCUGAGUGGCACGGGAGGUAAAGUUGUGUCGAGCCUGGCUAAGGACUUCAUUGCCAGGUCCACUGGGAGUAGCCAGGUUCUUAGCUUGAAUCUCACAAACCUGGUGAUACUGAUCGUGCUCAAGGCUCUAAUUUUGGCUGCUGGCUUCUUCGGUGCUGGAGCUUGGAAAGGUCACCAUUACGGAAGGAGCUUGGACGACAACAAAAAUGUCAGCUACUUGACGGAAAAUGAGAUAGUUCUGUACCUGAGCUACCUUGCUGGACAGCAGAGCCAGGACUAUGGCUGCCUGUACAAGAUGUCCUGCCAGAAACCUCAUCAGGCCGCGCUUUACGCUUCUGGAGCGGAACUUCUGUUGCAAGGAACGAAACUGUAUCAAGGUAACAGCAACGAGUUAAAACCGUACGAAGACAUAUCCAACGGGAUCAGAGAUGCGGCAUCGUGGGGCGAGCGGGGAAUGCCCUGUCAGCGCUACCAGUGCACGUAGUACAACUUGUAGUCAGUAAACGGACCUGAAAUGAAAAUUU